AUGGAGAAAGAAACUCCUCUCGCGGCAGUCCAGGUGGAAGCCCUGGUUGUCAUGAAAAUCAUCAAGCACAGUUCUCAGAGUUUCCCUACUGUCGCUACCGGCUCCCUUGUUGGUCUUGAUGUUGGAGACACGCUAGAAAUCACAAACACAUUCCCGUUCCCCAUCGUGGAAGUGCCCCCCGAGUCGCACUUUGAUACUUCAACACCAAAUGCUGCUGCUGCUGCUCCUCGCGCCAAGGCGAACACCGCCUACCAGGCUGAGAUGAUUCGUAUGCUCCGUGAAGUGAACAUCGAUGCCCAGAAUGUCGGAUGGUACACCAGCGCGAACAUGGGCAACUUUAUCAACUUGAACGUUAUUGAGAACCAGUUUUUCUACCAGAAGGAACUCAAUGAACGGACCGUCGCUCUUGUCCAUGAUAUCAGCCGCAGUUCGCAGGGCAGCUUGAGCCUUCGCGCUUUCCGUCUUUCCCCGCAGUUCAUGACUGCGUUCAAGGAAAAUAAAUUCACAUCUGAGCAACUCCAGAAGUCCGGUCUCCGCUACCAAGACAUCCUCGUCGAGCUCCCGGUCAAAAUCCACAACUCCCACCUUCUCACAUCUUUCCUUCACCAACUCCCGACUCCCUUGCCAUCGGAGCCUCUUGACCUCCCACCCUCGCUCUCCGCGCUCAAGAACGGCCCCGUUGCGCAAUCCAACGUACUCUCUCCCAACUUCGAUAACCUGUCAUUGAGCAUCGACCCAUUCCUAGAGAAGAACUGCGAUUUACUUCUGGACGCUAUCGAAACCCACCACUCCGAGAACAACAACUUCCAAUACUACCAGCGAUCACUCGCUCGUGAACAACAGAAGAUCGCCGCCUGGCAAGCAAAGCGCAAAGCCGAGAAUGCCAGCCGUGCUACUCUCAAGCAGGCUCCUCUCCCUGAAGAUGAGUGGCAGCGCUUGUUCAAGCUUCCUCAGGAGCCCAGCCGAUUGGAGAGCAUGCUCAAUACCCGACAAGUCGAGCAAUAUUCGCGUCAAAUUGACGGUUUCGUUUCCUCGACAACUGGCAAGAUGUUCGCCGUCAAGGGCAAUCUGCUUCCUGGCGAGGCGACCGAAUAG